AUGGAUCUUCGUACAUCCUCCCACAUACCGUCAGAUGCUCUCGUACAGUUUUAUACAGCUGUGCGGAUCACGGUCGCAGUGGUAUUCUUCACCAUCGCAAGAGAACCUCCUGCGUUUCUGACCCAAGUUGGGCCACCUUUGUCUGCCGUGACCACAACUCUUUCUCCGUGCUUCAUCAUUUUUCUCGUUCCAUAUUAUCUUCGCCUCGCAACGCGACGAAUACCACGUGAUGCGCCCACAUAUGUCGAUGAGAGCGUCUGUACAGACGUGGAGGAAGAUGAACGAACAGAAGUCGAUAUGAGCGAAAUCGACAUCAGUAGCGAUGAAACCGUCAUUCACGAUCCCAAUUGGGAAGAAGAAGAAGACGGCAGCAAAGUCGAAAAAUAUGAGAACAGUGGCAUACUAUUCCAGGAACUAGCUGGCGAAGCCGCUCGGGAUGAAGGAGAUACUACUGAAGAAGGGCUGCGUUGUCUCGGGUAA